AUGGCUGGCAAGCGUGCGGUCGACCAGGAUGGUGCUCAGCAGGUGCCUAGCAAAAAGCUGAAGCCAGCACCGGCCAAGUCAAGGUUUUGGGACUUGGAUCAGAGCUUGGACGAUGCAGCGGCUCGCGAUUUGCGCCGUUUGCGGGGAAAGGUGGGGGUGUCCGCACCCACGGUGGAGGAGGAGGCAUGUCGCGCCAGAACGGUGCAAUUCUUGCGCAAGACCUACGCCAAGUUGUGUCAAAAGCAUCAGUUGAAAGCCGCCUCACCGGUGUUCUUCGACAAGUGGCAUUGCGCCUGGCUUUGCCAUGCGGAGCUCAGCUUGGGCCCUGGUAACCGCGAUCCCUUGCUACCGGUGAUUGAGGAUUUUGCUGUCCUGGAUGCGGCAAUGGUGAAGGCCUUGGCCUUCCUUCCAAAGGAGAAGGUCGCGCCCAUGGCUCGGGACCUGCAUCGAGUGGCUGAGAGGAAAGCCAAAGCGCUCCCGGAGAAACUCUUGCAGCUCCCCACCGGUGGCCAUGCCACCGUGGUGCAGCAGGGGAAGGAGGUGACGCUGAGCUUUCAAGGUCAGGAGGUCCAGAUCUCCUCGUGGCACCUGCGAAAGUUGUGGCGCCUCUUUCGAGGCCCAGAGGAAGCCUUCAGCGAUGCAGCGUUCUGCUGUUUGCUGAGGUACCAAUCCGUGCUACAGAAGGGCUUCCAGGGCGCUUGCACCUCUGAAGUCUUCGAAGCUUUGCGUGAAACCUUCGGUUGUCGCUUCGAAUGCUUCGCAUCGCCGCUGAAUUGCCACUAUCGCUGGACGUGCUCGGCGUUUCUGGAUACUGACGCCCCCUUCGGUUCCUUAGGUUCCUUCUUCCUUCAGGAGUUUCGUUCUGGGGCUUUCCAGCUGAACCCCCCAUUCGUGGAUGACUUGGUGAUUCCCAUGGUGCAGAAGCUCGAGGAUUGCCUGGUGGCAGCAGAAGCUGCGAAGUCAGCACUGACCUUUGUGGUAGUUGUUUGUGCCAAUGCCGGCAGCCGCUCUGGGAAAGCUGCUUUGGAGGCCAUAGGUGCAAGUCGCUUCUUGCGAGCGCAGGUGACUUGCCCCAGAAACACGCACGAGUACGUUGACGGCGAGCAGCACGUCAACAAGAUGAUCCGCGGAUCACCCUGUGAAAGCGGCAUUUUCAUCCUGCAGAGCAGGAGGGCAGCAAAGACCAAUGCAGCGACGGAGGAAAAGAUGCAGAGGAUCAAGGCCAGUUUCAUGGGCGUCGACGGAAAAACAUGA